AUGGAUCCACCCAAUUAUGCGCCCGGGACCUCGGAGAUUGGAUCUCUGACGGCCCACUCAAAUGAAGAUAGCCAGUUUGUUGGCAGCUCAAGUGGUGUCUACUUCAUCAAUACCGUCAAGCGAGCAUUUUCCAAUGGACUUGAUGACUCAGGGUCUCAAGAAACGGCAUUUCCCACGGCUGAAGAUACACUUGUCGGUAUAGAGGACUCAACACACAAUAAGCGCCGACGUACAGGAACCAAAGAUGAAUCAACAUCUCCAGACGUCGAGCCCUUUCCAUCUUGGCAGUAUGAUCCAGACAUUGCUGCUUGUCUAGGAUCUGCACCACCGCCUACUUUGGCAAGAGAGUUGAUGAUGUCCUACUUCAAAGUGUGGCAUCCAUUGUUUCCUUUCCUGCACGGACCGACAUUUCUUGCCGUCUUGGAGAAAUUAUCUAGAGGUCCAAUUACAGACGACCAAUCCGUCGAUGAUUCAAGUUCCGACCAUCGCAAUACGUGCUGGACAGUCAUUCUUCAAUGUGUAUUUAAUCUUGGUAGCCUCCUACAGCCACAUGUGGAGCUUUCAUCGGAAUGCAAGAUUCGAUCACUCAGUAGUAUGACUACUUUACUCUCCACUCUUGCGUCUCGACAUGACCUGGUGUCCUUGCAGGCAAUGCUGGCAAUCCAGGUUUAUCUUGUUGCGACCAUGUCUCUCAGAUUAGCAUCUACAUUUGGAGGAUGUGUUCUUCGCUCGAUGCUCCACGCAGGACUACAUCGCUGUCCAUUCCGGUACAGUCAGCUCUCGUUGCAUGACAGGCAACUGCGGAAGCGGAUUUUCUGGUGUGCUUACGCAAUUGAUCGGUAUCUAAGUCAGGCACUGGGCUUGCCACUUGGUAUCCAAGACUCUGAUAUCGAUGUAUGUUUGCCGGCUGCGCCAGAAAUGCACUCUCCGCUUCUUAUCAGAACUUUGAGUAUGCAUUCUUCCAAUGCAGGUUGUCCCGGGAGCGAAAUAUCUCCGUCGCCAUCUGUCAAUGAGGGCCCUGAGCUAGAUCCUAAGGAGAUAGAGCGCCGCAAGAAAGAAAGCACCAUAGCCAGCUAUGUCCAUUCUGGUACCCUCACGGGGCGUGCCUUGGAGCUUUUCCAUAAGUCUAUUCUUGUACGAGCUGUUCGCCGGGACUCUAUUCUAUUCUUGGUAACUGAUGUUCACAAGUGGUGGAAUGGCCUACCACUUGAGCUUCAAGGGGAGGUCCACGGCCUGUCAAAGAAUGGGAAUGGAGACCUUGGGUCAAUUGAUAAACCCUUUGAUUUCAGUCCCUUUUUCACUGUGCUAUACCAGCACCUCAUUCUCAUUAUCCAUCGCCCAUCCUUGUCACUUAAUCCUGAAAGUGCGGAGUUCUGCUCUGGGCUGCAGACAUGCAUCGGUGCUGCACGAGGUAUCAUCGCUGCCCUGAAGACUCAAAUUGAUAGCCAGCAAGCUCUGUUUUGGCCUGGCUUUCUCAGUGCAGCAUUUAUGAGUGGGCUGAUUCUUGCUUUUGCUUGUCAAUUAAAACAAUAUGGCUUUGCAAAAGGCUUACAAGAGAUCGAUGAAUGCUCAGCAUACCUUCGUCAAAUGUCUGAUCAGUGGGAAACGGCUAGGCAAUGCCGCCAAGCUUUACAACUGCUAUCCUCCAAAAUAAGGCAAUUGGAUCACGAUUCACAAAAUACCUCCAACCCACUCGCAUAUGCCUCAACGCCUGAAAGGGCUGCAGUAUCGAUGGGCAAUAGACUCCGAGAGUGGAACCGCCACCAGGGAGAUGCGAGCCCGAAUCCAAACUUCGUUCCAGAACCUCGCCCUGAAAUUAACCCGAUCCCGUCCUAUGAAGAUAACACGGAUUCGAGCUUGACUGAACAGUUGAAUAUUCAAAGUACCGACGCUGGCUACUUAGCUGGAGGGUCGAGCUUUGACUUGAAUAUGGUUGACUUGCUUGAGGGCGCAAAUUUUGAUUCUCUAUUUGACUUAAUCGGGCAGCAAUACCCCAGCUUCUAA